AUGGCAAACUUCAACUCUCAAAAUACGAACACUGGGAACGAUGGCCGUGGGGGGGCUUACUAUGUCCCCCAGCAAGAGAAUGUGUCAGAUUUCGACUUCUUGACCUAUAAUGGGGCCCCUAUCGGUCAAGUUCCAGGCUACCAAUAUCACUAUCAAUACGGAAACGUCACUCCUUAUUACCAAUACCCUCACGCAGUCGCACCACAGUUGUUUCAAAGACAACACCAACCUAUCACGAACCCGUAUCUUCCACAAUCAAGUAUCAAUGGGUACCCACCUUAUCCAGUACCAAGCCCACCGGUGUCAAAUGGUAGCAUACCAAGUCCUAUGGGGGCAUUUACACCCAACUAUCAAGCCGCACCGAGUCCUCAUAUCAGAGAACCGCCUGCCCCUAACCCCAUCCGCCAUGAUAUCCCACCUCCCGCUUUUCCUCCUCACCAAAAUCAACAUCGUCAUUAUCAACGUCAUCAACAGCCCCGUCAAGCAUCAGGAGGGAGAGUCACAAAAUUUGGGGGCAUUGCUAAUGGUCCGCGCCCUAACAAGGUCAUUCAAGUUCCAAAGCAGUCAGAGACCAAGCAGCCGGAAGUUGCGCAACCUGAAGUUACGCAGCCUGAAGUAACACAGCCUGAGGUUAUACAGCCUCAAGUUAUACAACCUGAGGUUAUACAACCCGAGACCACACAACCUCAGACCAUACAACCUGAGGCCAUACAACCUGAAGUUAUACAGGCUAAAGUUGUACAAGAUGAAGUUAACCAACCUCAAGCCAAACAACCCGAGUUCCAAAACCCCGAGAUCGACCUAUCGAAGAUUCCGGACGAUGACUUAGAAUUUCUGCCCAAUUUGCCAUUUAACAUGGGCCACAUCUGGCGCGCAACCCGACGGAUGGCGUUCGAACAGAAGCAAAAGGAAGCCAUGGAGGCGCUAGAGGAAGCCGAAAGCCAGACCCUGUUAGAAUCCGACGUGAUAAACUUACCACCAACAUCACCCCGAGUAUCACCACCAGAGCGACUUACGAUAGAUCCGGCGAAACUGAUGUUGAAUGCUCCUCAAACUGCACAGAUUACGCAGAACCCACAGCCUUCCGAGCCUUCACAGACCAUGGAGCCAGUACAAACCACGCAAACUAUAGAGAACAUGCAGGCUGCAGAGGCUGCGGAGGCUUCGCAGGCUUCUUCGCAGGAUGUAUCGUUUACGCACCAGCUUUCGUUCAAUCGGAUAGCGGUCAACAUCGGCACAAUCAACCAAGAUCACAGAGUCGUCGACGUGUACGCCAUGAAAAGGCAGUACGGCCAAAACAUCGAGUUCCGACUGGCGCCGUGCGGCUCGACCCUCGCCGAGAUCCGCGCCGGCGGCAUCGUUCGAUUCGAGAAGAUCGAAUUAAACAACUAUUUCAAGGAUCUGUCCAAAACCCAUGUCACCAUUCUGGUUAAACAACUCCUUGCUAUCGUUCCGGGUCAAAAUGAUGACUUGUUAAGAUGGUCGUAA